AUGGACGAGGAAGAGUUCUACCUGUUCAAGAACCAGUCGUCGGUGGGGCCCUGGGAUGGGCCCCAGUACCACAUUGCGCCCAUGUGGGCCUUCUACCUGCAGACCAUCUUCAUGGGGCUGGUGUUCGUGGCGGGCACCCCCCUGAACGCCAUUGUCCUCAUCGUCACCAUCAAGUACAAGAAGCUGCGGCAGCCGCUCAACUACAUCCUGGUGAACAUCUCCGUCAGCGGCCUCAUGUGCUGCGUCUUCUGCAUCUUCACCGUCUUCGUCUCCAGCUCCCAGGGGUACUUUGUCUUCGGGAAGCACAUGUGUGCCUUUGAGGGCUUUGCAGGGGCCACCGGAGGUACGAGGGGACCACGGGGGUACUCGGGCUGCUGGGGCCAGGGAUGA